AUGCCCAGCGUACCCGAGCUGGAACAGGCCCGUGACGGCCUGAGGAGCCGGAUACGGACCUUGAGCACCGAGCCGGAUCUGGCCGCCAAUGCCGCCAAGCUCGCCCAGGUCCAAUCCCUGUAUGUCGCCUACCAGCGGACAUGUAACCUGCUGGCCAAGCUGCGCUGGGCAAGAUCGCCGUCGCCUCGUAUCGCUGCUCUGCUUGCCAAGGAGAAGGCUGCGCUCAAGACCAAGAUCGCUGCCGCAAAGGCCCGCAACGAGGUCUUUGUUGUCCUCCAGGCCAUGUAUGAUCGCUACACCGCCCUCAGGGUCAUGCUCGCCGCCGCUUCCGCCAUGUACGGACAGACCGCUGAUGGGACUGCUCCUGAAGGCCAAGUCUCGUCCGACGGGAGCGAUGCCGGUGCAGAGGCCCUACUCGCCGCCGCCGAGCCCCACCGCCCGUCGGUCUCAGACACCCCGUUCCGGGUCAUCCACGUCGGCUCCAACACCUCCAAGAUCCUGACCCCGCCUCGCCCGACCCCGCCGUCUUCGCGGCCGGUCCACCAUCGCGACGUUUCCAUGCCCGCUUCGCCUCCGCGGCCGGAACGUCCCAGCACGCCGCCUCCCGACGAGCUGGAGCGCAUGGAGCCAGGCGCCCGAGCCGAAUUGCUCCGCGCACCCAUCCUGGUCGUCGAUGACAAUGCCGGCGGCUGGAACCGACGCCAGACUGUGCCAGACAAUGUUGAAGACGGCACCAGCGCCGAGGAUGCUAUGGCUGUUGAUGAUGAUGGCCCGUCUCGUGUCUCGGACGCAAUGGAUGAGUCCUCGUCGGCCAUCGACGACUCGUCCAGCAUCGACGACUCGGAGUCGAGCUCCGGCCGUUGUAAUGCCGACUCCGACGCCGACGACCUUACCCGUCUGACAAUGCUCCGAUCGCCGAUGGUCGUUUUGGCCCCAAAGACCGUGACGACGACUGGCAACUGGCAGCAGCGCCCGUAG